CAGAGCUCUUGCUCCUGCUUCAAACUUUUGUCAUCAACCAGCUUGGAAAGCGCAUCUGUAUAUGAUUCAUAUUAUGAAAGACAAUCCCCAAGUGCAGUGGUGAAGCUUUCUCCAACCUUGGUGUCAUCAGUGUCGAUCAGCAUGGCUGCCACAGGCUUGGGCUGCUUCUUGCUCCCUGCAACAGAACCAGUAGUAGUGGCAAAUGCAGGGCUGUCGCCAGCAGCUGGGCUCAGCAGCUGCUUCCAACCAGGUCUUGCAGCCGGAUCUAGCUUGUCUGGGCAUAUUGGACUUCGGCAUUCUGCUGCUUACCUGAGUCAUGAGCAGCACGUAUGCUGCAGAAAAAUGGUCGAGCGGGGUGCCUUGAGGCAUCAUUGCCAUGCGGCCAGUUUAAGAGCCCGGGUAACCUGUUCAGCACAGCGAGACAAGAAAAGUAGGGGCUGGUGGCUGGGCAAAAGACUCUUUUCCAGUCCUGAGAUGAAGAAAGGCAACCUGCCCUGGACGUCAUUGACAAGAGAAGAGUUGGAUUCCAAUGAGCGGCCCCAAUGGGUACCACAGUGGGUGCCAGACUCACCGCCAGAAUGGUUGGAGUCCUCCCUGAAGCAACUUGAGCGGGCCAGCAAGGUCGCCGCUGCCUUAACACUGGCCUUGGGAACUGCGGCAGUGCUUCGGGUCCUGGUGUUCAACCCGUCGUGCGUACCCUCUGGGAGUAUGGUUCCUACUCUGCUGCCAGGAGACUGCGUCUUUGUCGAGAUUGGCACGUACCGGUUCCUUCGGAGACCAGCUCGAGGUGACAUUGUAGUGUUUCGGCCGCCCUCCUCCUUCAACUCCGCUACCAUGCGAGAAGAAGGCGAUCUGGACGAGGGCAGCCCUCUUGACUCGGCCAUGACCGACGCGCCUGGCGCACAGUAUGUAAAACGAGUGGUAGCAGUAGGGGGCGACACUGUGCAGGUGGAAAGAGGAGUUGUCUUGGUGAAUGGACGACCCCGUUCAGAAGAAGCGAGGGGGAUCCGCUCGGCGAAGUACAGUGUUCCCCAGCUUCGUGUUCCUGAUGGAACUCUCUUUGUCUUGGGCGACAACCGAAAUCGAAGCGCCGAUUCGCACGUCUGGGGUUUUCUUCCGGAGGAUCGUGUGGUUGGGCGCAGUUGGCUGCGGUGGAAACCUCUCUCGCGCAUCGGUGUUUUGAAGUAA